GAGAGAGAAAGAGAGGGAGAGAGAGGGUGUGUGUGUGUAGCCUGUACUGUAUGCGAGAACGACUGAGUGCAGUGUUUGUGCGGACUCGAGGCGCAGAAAGAGAGAGAGAGACACUUGGAACCGUGACAGAAAAAUAAACGGGGAUCCAACAGAUCUGAAGACACGGAGUCCUCAUCUCAUCAUCACCGUCCAUCCAGCCGCGCGUCUCUGCGACAGAAGCCCGCGUCUCCUUCAGACCUGCUGCGGUGGACCCACGAUUCAUUUAUACGCUCCAGCAUCUUGACAGAGACUGAUCUUACAUGUACAUAUUCAUUAUUAAGACAUACCUGCUGCUAUUUUCAUCUUUAUUCUGAUUGUUCGUCUGAUUGAUUCAUCGAUCUCGGCUUUAUUUGACAGUGGCGAUGAUCGUCCACACAUAGGCUGCUGCUCCUCGAGCUGAAGGACUGCAGUGGAGGACGGGUUUCCCAGGGAUACGUUUGGAUUUUUUUUCUUAGCGUAGUAAGGACUCCAUCAGCAUCACUUGUGUACGAGGACCGUUGAAAAUGGCCGUGUUUUAUUCUUGACACCUCAACACGGCGGAGAACAGAGUCUCUUCAGGUAUUUUCUCGAUCCGAGUUUCAGCAUUAUCCGGCUAUGAUGUAGACGCUCACGGCAAUACGCUCAUCAUCAGUGUUCCUUAUUGAGUAUUAAUUAGGAUCAACCCAGGGCCUUCUUCUGAUUUCUGUCAUCAAAAUGCCGGCUGGAAUGAAGCCUCUUGAAAAAUUCUUGAAGAAGCAGACCAAUGCACUCACUCGGGCGGGUGGUUUUGGGGAGAAGGCUACCGGCACCGGGGCAUCCAGACGGCGGGCCAGCCUGUCCCGUGUGGUGCCAUUCUUCAGGGAGACGUCUCCCGAGAGCGGCCCGGCGAGGGAGGUGUUCAGUCCGGAGACCGAAGAAGCGCCGUGCUGGCCCUCCGCAACUGCGGACAUCAGGAGCCCGUCGCUGUCCAGCGAUGAGCAGAGCUCGGAGGCGAGUCUGGACACGAACUGGACCCCUCUGCCCGCGGACACUCCAGAGAACCUAGCGCUGGCGCUGCUGGACAGCGUGGCGGGAAAGCGGUACGCCAACUGCACAGAAAUACUCCUGGAUGACUUCAUGCUAACACACCCAAUCUUCUUGGCUCCAGACAAGUUCCAGCAGGUCUUGCUUCAGCAAUUCAGUUCAGAGGGUAAGCAGGGUGAGGGUUGGCCCGGGUGGGAUGGAGCAGAGCGAAAACUUGCAGUUCUGACUGUGGCCUUCCGCUAUCUGGACACAUACAGAGACUUACUGCAGGAGGAGGGCGAUCGCUCCAACACCUUCCCAAAGGAGCUGUAUUUGUGUGCGGUUGACGAGCUCAACCGCUUUCCUGAACUGGUGGAAGACGUGCUGAAACUGCAGCGCUGGACUGAGAUAUUACACAGCCCAGCCGAGGAGGACAAGGAAAGUCGUAAGAAGCAAGUUCGCCCACUCUUCCGACACUUCAGACGCAUCGACGCCUGCCUGCAGCCCCGAGAGGCUUUCCGUGGCUCAGACGAGAUCUUUUGCAGGGUUUACACGCCAGAUCAUUCAUACGUUACCAUACGAAGCCGUCUUUCAUGCCGGGUUGGGGAGAUCUUGGCUUUGGUGAAAGAGAAGCUCCAGUACAGCGAGGACCAGCCAACCCAACCUGCCAACCUCAUACUGGUGGCUGUCACCUCAUCAGGGGAGAAGGCUGUGUUCCGUCCGAGCGACGAGGCCGUUUUCACCACUCUCGGUGUGAACACCCACCUGUUCGCCUGCGAGCCGGCGGAGCUCGAGAGCCUGAUUCCUCUGCCUGAGGAGAUCCACUGGACACCAGGAGACAGUAAACUGCAUGACAUGAGUGCAGAGGAGGUGGCCAAUCAGCUGGUGGUGUUCGACUGGGAGCUCUUCAGCUGUGUGCACGAGGUGGAGUUUGUGUGCUACGUGUUUCACGGUGAGCAGGCUCGCUGGCGCCCCCUAAACCUGGAGCUGAUCUUGCAGCGCUGCAGUGAAGUCCAGCACUGGGUCGCCACCGAGAUCCUGCAGUGCCAGUCACUGCCCAAGAGGAUACAACUGCUGCGCAAGUUCAUCAAGAUCGCAGCCUUAUGUAAGCAGCAGCAGGAUCUGCUGUCGUUUCUGGCUCUGGUUCUGGGUCUGGAUAACCCUGCUGUGAGCCGCCUGCGUCUGACCUGGGAAGGUUUGCCAGGAAAGUUCCGGAAGCAGUUUCAGCAGUUUGAGAGCAUUGCAGACCCUUCAAGGAACCACAAAUCAUACCGAGACCUUCUAGCGAGUCUGAGAGCCCCACUCAUACCCUUCACCCCACUGCUGCUCAAGGAUCUGACUUUCCUUCAUGAGAGCUGUAAGACUUUCCAUGGAGAGCUGGUUAAUUUUGAGAAGAUGCACAAAGUGGCGGAGAUGGUGCGCAGCAUCAGGCGGUAUCGGAGCUCUCAGUUAGCUAUGGAGGCCGAGCCGUCCCCUUCGCACCUCCAGACGAAAGCGUACGUCCGGCAGCUGCAGGUCAUCGACAAUCAGAACCUGCUUUUUGAGAUGUCCAGCAAACUGGAGCCAAAAGACAUGUGAAGGGACCUACAAGCCAUAUCUAGAAAACCUCCAGACACAGACACUUCAUUCUCCACCGUCACGGAUCAAGCCAGCUGGGCUGUCAAUCAUCUCAGGCUCCGCCUCCGCAUCACCGAUCGACGAAUAGUGUCCAUGAAUUGUGCUUUGAGUGAGAUUCUGUGUCAGUGUUGAUUAUGAGCAUUCAUUAUUCGCCAUAUCUGGAUUCGUUUUUCAGACUAUUUUUCUGCUGAAGGGAAACCUCUCCUGAUUGCACUGCCAUCAGUCGAACUGAACCAAACCGGAAUAAGCUUAUUCGUAUUGUCGUCCGGGCCUUCAGAAACACUGCACUUUUUCAAUUUUAUUUUAUUUUACUCAUUCAUGACCCUUAAAUACAUGUGACAAUCUGACCUGUGGUCUUCCCUCGUCCCUUGCCAACACUGGCACUUACUGCACCCCAUGUGCAAACUGGCCUGCAGUCAUUCAAUGUUUGUGUUCUGAACAAUAUGGAUCCCCAGCCAUCAAUAGAGUCCCAAUCCAAGACCAGCUCCACUAUCCUGAAGACAGAGGACAUCGGUGAAUGUAGCUACUGCGUAAACCACUUCAUGUCAGUGUUCAUCAUGAAAACCAAACAGCAGGUAUACAGUGCUCAGCAUAAUUGAGUACAGCCCAUUUUGUAAAUGAAUAUUUUUCUCCAUUUCUCAGUGAAUGUAGGAAAUGUUUGUUUAG